UGUUCUCUAGGUCCAUAUGUUCUUGCUGCUGGUAUAACAACUUAUGUAUUAAGUAAAGAAAUAUGGGUAGUUGAACAUGAGUUCCCUUAUGUAUUAGCUACAAUUGGUUUGUUUUAUGUUGGAUGGAAAAAAUUUGGAGCAUCUUUGGCUAAUGUCCUCGAUAAAGAAAUUGAUGAAUAUGAAGCAUCUUGUAAUGCCAGCCGUAAAGGUGAAAUCGAUGCUUUAACAGAAAGCAUUGAAAGCCAAAAAAAAGAAUUAUGGAGAACUGAAGCUCAAAAACAUGUAAUUCAAGCAAAACGGGAAAAUGUAGCUAUUCAGUUAGAAGCCAUUUACCGUGAACGAGCUCUUCAAGCCUACAACCAGGUAAAAAGGCGUUUGGAUUAUCAAUUGGAUUUGGCUAACUUGACACGCACUGUUCAACAAAGACAUAUGGUUAACUGGAUCAUUGAAAAUGUUCUUAAGUCUUUAACAAAUGAACAAGAAAAGCAAAGUUUUAAAAAAUGCAUGGUAGAUUUACAAGCAUUAGCUGCAAAAGCAUGAAUGUAAUUUCAGUUAGUGCCAUUUUUUUUAGAACAUUGUAUUAAUGGUAAAUAAUAAAACAUCAAACAUAUUUGCAUUCA